AUGGCAUUCAACGGCACCUGGAAAAUCGAGAGGAGUGAGAACUAUGAGAAGUUCAUGGAGGCACUGGGUGUUGGCAUGAUGAAAAGAAAGCUGGGAGCCCAUGAUAAUCUGAAGCUCACCAUCCAACAAAAUGGGGACAAAUUUAGUGUCAAAGAAGCCAGCAACUUCCGAAACAUAGACAUUGAAUUCACUCUGGGAGUCAGCUUUGAUUACAGCCUGGCUGAUGGGACUGAAACUUCCGGUGUUUGGACCCUGGAAGGAAAUAAACUUGUGGGGACAUUCACCAGAAAAGACAAUGGAAAAGUACUUAAAGCAACCAGAGAAAUCGUGGGUGAUGAACUCAUUCAGACCUACGUGUAUGAAGGAGUUGAGUGCAAGAGAUUCUUCAAAAGGGCCUAAGCACUUCACACAGAACUGCACCAGAAUGAAG